GCUGAGUCACGAGUCGACUGACAGCAGCAGUAAAAGCAGACGAGCCACAGAUCGCUGAAUGGACCAUGCUGAAGACUCUCUUGUUUACUAACAGUCUGUAUCGGAUUUUUCUUUGUUUUCUCAUUUUUCUUUGUUAUGCAAUCAAAUUAUUUUAAAACGUUACAGAAUAAGAAACUGUUAACUCGGUGGAUUUACGAAAUAGAUUAAGUUUUCAUGCAUUUGAACAGCUCAAGAUGGCUUUGGUGCCCUAUGAUGAGAAUCUACUUCCUGCUCUGUCCAAACUUCACCAGACUUCAGCUGAAUUUAAUCUGGCCAAUCACAGGAUCAGACUCAGCCAGGACUGGAACCGAUUGGGUGUCGCUGCUGUGGUCUGGGACGCCGCGGUCGUGCUCUGCAUGUUCCUGGAGAUGGGAACGGUGGAUCUGAAAGGAAAGAGAGUUAUUGAGCUCGGAGCCGGCACAGGAUUGGUGGGCAUUGUAGCUGCUCUGCUUGGAGCCAGCGUGAGAAUUACAGACCGAGAAGCUGCACUGGAAUUUCUGACUGCCAAUGUGCGUGAAAACAUUCCUCCGGGCCAGCAGGGGGCGGUACAGGUAUCCGAACUUACCUGGGGUGAGAAUCUACAUCUGUAUCCCACAGGCAGCUUUGAUCUGAUCCUGGGAGCCGACAUUGUUUACCUGGAGGAGACGUUUCCCGCCCUGCUGCAGACUCUUGAGCACCUGAGCGCGGAGAACACGGUGGUGUUGUUGUCCUGCCGGAUUCGUUACGAGCGAGACGAGCGCUUCCUGAUGGAGCUGCGCCGGAGCUUCUCUGUGCGAGAGGUCUAUUAUGACUCUCAGAGGGACAUUCACAUUUACAGAGCCGUGAAGAACACCUCCAACACCGAACUGUAAGAGGAAACUUUGGGUGGAGGUUCCUGUUUGUAAUUCAAAGCCUUUCAAGCUUUAUAAAAAGUACUGAAGAUGAUUAAAUGACAAUAUUUACAAGGA